CAUUUAUCUACUUCCGGGUUAGGGUGACGUGACGUCAACAAACUUGACAUCAUCAACCAAGAAUCAACUCUGCUUCGUGGAUAAAGAUGUCAUACGCAUAUUUAUUCAAGUACAUUAUCAUUGGAGAUACAGGGGUUGGAAAAUCCUGUCUACUCCUUCAGUUCACAGACAAGAGAUUCCAGCCUGUCCAUGAUCUGACAAUAGGUGUGGAAUUUGGAGCUCGUAUGAUCACAAUCGAUGGAAAACAAAUCAAACUGCAGAUUUGGGAUACGGCUGGACAGGAGUCAUUCCGGUCUAUUACCAGGUCCUACUACAGAGGAGCCGCUGGAGCACUGUUAGUGUAUGACAUUACCAGGAGGGACACAUUUAAUCAUUUAACAACAUGGUUGGAAGAUGCAAGACAGCAUUCAAACUCUAACAUGGUCAUCAUGUUGAUAGGAAACAAAAGUGAUUUAGAAGCAAGACGAGAUGUUAAAAAGGAGGAAGGUGAAGCAUUUGCCCGGGAGCAUGGACUCAUCUUUAUGGAAACCUCUGCCAAAACAGCUGCUAAUGUAGAGGAGGCAUUCAUCAACACUGCAAAAGAAAUCUACCAGAAGAUACAGGAUGGUGUGUUUGAUAUAAACAAUGAGGCAAAUGGUAUUAAGAUUGGACCUCAACACUCUCCUAGCAAUCCCAGCAUGCCCUCUUCAGGCGGUGGUGGCAGUCAGGGAGGCGGAUGUUGUUAACUUCAAUGCGCCACUGGGAUACUUCAAAUCCAUCAAUGUUGUGAUGGGAACAUCUGCUACAGACAGCGACCACAUCCACUUAAGGAUACACUUCUACCAUAAAACCUUGUUAACUCUUUCAGCAGUGCUGACACAUCAUGGCAUCAACACAAAUAACUGUCUGGUUCCUAGAAUGCUGUAUGGAGUCAGUGAUACAUUGUAUUACAUCAAAACGAUCAUCAGGCGUAGAAAGAGUUAAUCUGGACUACUGAAGUUUUAGAGAAAAAGAUUAUGAAUUUUUGUCACAAUCUAUUAGAUAGUAUUUGUCUCUUUUUCAGAAAUUUAUUUCUUAUUUGACAUUGUGUAACUAUGAGGAUGUAAACUAGUGAGAUUAUAGUGGAAAUUUGAGGCCAUGUGUUAUAGUAAACACGGCUGGCUCAUUUCUUUACUGAUGAUGUCUCAUGAUCAUUUUCAUUUUGUACAUAAUUUGUAAAUCUAGAGCAAUUUUAAAAGAAUGAUUCUGGGGUUUGUCAAGUCUUAUGUGCAAUAAUUGAUAAGCUAAGGUGAUGAAUUGUGAAACAUGUAUUAUCGGUACUGUGACGUUACCAGACAUUCCAAAGAUAACAAAAUCUGGAGGGAAAGUUACAUAAGAUAUUGGAUGUGUAAGGUUGCUUGUUUAUAUCGGGAUGUUCCCAGUAAUUUAGUUAGUUAGGAACGUUUCAGAUUUUUUUUUUCUAAAAAGUAAUUUUAAAGUUAAAGCUGGAUGAACACGACAGAUAUAUCCAUUAAUUUCAAUUCUUCUGAUCUUCAAAGUUAAAAGUAUUUAUUCAUUUAUACAUUUUGUUAUCAGAUUGUGUAUUUUAUUACAUCUCAUUAUUUUCCAUUUCCAUCUUUUGAGUCUAAGAAAUGUUUUGUUUCAUAACAUUUAUAUUAGCAAUUAUGGGGAGACAACUCAAUUCUUUAACAUCACACAAAUGUUAUGUUUCACUUUAGAAUGUUCUAGAACGUUAUUUUAGAGACUAUUUAUGUUUUGACAUAUUAAGUGGCUAGUUUUGUUUACUCUUUACCUAUAUAUUUGUUUUGUAUUGUUGUGUGAUGUAUAAUGUAUGUAGUAUGGAAUUUGUUUAAAUGCAUUUAUGUAUGAAUUUAGUGACAUCAUCCUGUAUGUGUGAUCAGAGGUGCGAAACAUAAUUUCUGUUUCAAGUUAUGAUGAAGGUUAUAACUUAUUUCACAAGAAACAUUUCAGAAAUUCAAUAUAUGCAUUAUAAUAUAUACAUAUAUAGAUAUAUAUAUAGAAUAUACUCUUCCUGACUAAAGUCAGAUUUUGCUUGCAGAGUCGGAUCAAAAUAAGCCUUUUGAGAAAAACGAUUAUGUUCUGAUGUAUGUAGAAGCUUUGAAAAUAUUGAAACCGAGAUAUGUUUUAAUUGACCUCUGAAUUUACCAAAGUGAUCAUUGAUAUUGUACACAUACUAAAAGGAAUGCAUUGUUUUAUAAUUGACAUUCUCAGUCAUUAACCUACAAAGUUGUGAAAAUACAUAAUUCUAGGGAUGAAAUGGAGUUUUAAAUAGAAAAUGUGAUAGUGGUUGUCUUCAUUACAUAUAUAUACAUUCCAUACAUGAAAAUAUCACUAGUCUGAUAAUCUUUUAAAAUGACAUUCAGCUUAAUAUUAGACUUGAGACUAAAUUGAUGUGUCAGUAAUAUUGUUGCUUGAAACCAUGAAACCUUGUUGGAAUAGUCUCAUCUCUGUAGGAUCCAAUAUUGAGAAACAGAAUGGUACCAAGUAGAAAAAAGUUAGUUUUUAUUGAUAAAAUAGCUCUAAUAUAACAUACAUCACCUCUACUAACAGAUGGUUAACUUUAACUAAAGUUGUAAUUUUUUAGAGUUUCCUGUUUGACAUGUUAAUUGAAAUUGACUCCAUAGUCUGAUUUGCCUGUAUGAAUAUGUAGACUAUUAAAGAAACAGACUUCACUACAUGACACAACAUUAUUUCCCCUCUGAUACUGAGAUAGCCUGGAUUUGUGUUUUCACAGCAUGGUAUAUCGACAAUAUCUCAUUUGACAUCUAAGUAAUCAAGCCAUUAUAUAGAUAAUGGAGGUCCCACACCCCUAACUUACUGUUUGUUAAUCCAAACUUGGUAACAUUAAGGAUUCGUAAAUGAAUACAAAAAGAAAAACUCGAUGUAGUAAAUCAUCGUCCAGUUUAUCUUACCAGUUGAUCAGAAAAAAAAUCAUUUUCAAAUUUAUGUGUCUCUAUUAAGUGUUAAUGAAAGUGCUUCAAAUAUCAUACUAAGAUCUGUGUAUUGAAUUUUCUUUGUACUCUAUUGGAAUAAGCAAGAGAAAAAAGGUGUAUAAAAAGUUCAAUGAAAAGAAUUAAAACAAGAGCAUUUUAAUUGUAUUUCAGCUGUCCCACUUCGGUUGUUUUGACAUAAAUAAUUGAUACAUAGAGUUUAAUUAGCUGAACAAUGUACAUGUGUGACGGUAUGAUGAAACUUGAUUCGACUGUGACUAAAGUACUGUGUUAUUUUUUACUUGUAAGAUUGGAAAUUUUUAUAAAUUUAAGCUAGUUUCUAUGGACAGUUAGAACUCAGAUCUACAAGUUUCGAAAUUCUGAUGCUGAUGUUUCGUUAUCCUCUUCAUGAUUGUUAUUAUAAUGACGCGCUGACUGUCAGGAUCAUUGUGAGCCUUUAUGUUCCGUUAUUACAGAUGUAUGUAAGCUGGUUUGGUUAAAUAAAUGUUGGUCAUCUCCAUGUUGCUGUUAUCAAUAGUAGAUGUAGUAUAGUAGAUCCUCACUUACUCUAACGAGGAUUUUGUGGAAUAAUUGUGAAAUAAUACAAACUUACAUCAGUUGUGAAUCUCCUUAUUGCAAUCAUGAUUAUCUUUAAAAAAGUUGAGUUCUAGCUGCUGUAUUUGAUGAAUGAUCCCUGACAAAAGAAAGAAGCAUAAUAUGAUUAUAUGCUAAUUUUAUGCAAAUAGUUAAUUUUAUGGAAGAUUUUGAUUAAGUUUAUAAUUCAAAACCAGCAUUCUCAUUCUGGACAUCCACCACCUCUCUUCAGUUUUGUGAAAAUUACGGACUAAACGUUAAAGAACACUUAGGGUAUCUUCUAUAAGUAGGUGAUCACAAUCAAAAUACAGCGUAAAACUAUCUUCACAGAAUAGACUACUUCACAUGAUUUAAAUCUUUUGACUUCGAUUGCUUCUGAUUUUGUCCUGAUCACUUAGCAUUUAUAGCAAUGUCGUGAUGUUUUCAUAUAAAUACUUUGAAAAUAAAGGAGAAAAGUGAAAUUUGGAAUGCAAUAUGCUACAAAGAUACCUCGAAAACAAAGUAUUACAAAAAAAAAAAAAAGGAAGCUGAAGCUCCAGAUAUUUUCUAUAUCAAUUAAUGAAUUCGUUUUAUUUUUGUGGGAGAAAGCAACUUUUAUGUGCAAUCAACUCUACAUAGUGUUGAAUCUAUAUGAAGUAUUGAAUCUUGGUUCCACUUUGAAAAAUAAUAAUGCUGAAAACUCACUUAGAUGUAUGAAGUGAACCUAUCAAAACCUUCAUCGUUGGCUGAUUUCCUGUUUACCAGAUACUGCUGUUGAUACUUCCAACGUAAACAAACUGAUAUAAACAUCUGUACAUCCCUUGUGAUAACGUGAAUUCAGUUAUAAAUAUACACUGUAUAUAAAAUCUUUGCCCCAAAAUAAACCAUCAUCCGUAGUGUAAUCUUUGCUGUUUUGACUUUUGGUUAGUGAGGAUACCAUAGAUUGGUAUUCUUGGAUAUACACAAUAUCGUUAAUAUGUUAAUCUGAAAUCAUCUAUAUAAUAUCAUGUUAGCUUUAAGUAUAUAUUCCUUAGUAAAAAUAAUAGGGUUCUUCAAUUUUAAUGCUAGUACCAGUAUUUGCAGUAAACUCGUCAUUGUUAUAGGAAGUGAAUUUGAACAUAAACAUGCUGCCCCAGCUGUGAUGAAAAGUUAUUCAGAAUAUAUGUACGAUAUAUGUACAAGCUUGUUUCAUUGAUCACUUAUAAAUGAGUUUUACAAAUUUUCACUGGGAAAAAUAAUUGAUCAAUUUCAAUUUCAGUGGAAGGUUCCACAGGUUUUGGCCUUAUAUUUAAGUAAGAUUGUACAAACAUGUUGUAAAUAUUUUUGGUUGUGACCAUUGUUUGAAUCAUUUUUGUUUAAAAGGACAGAAUAGCUUGGUAAGAUGAAGAAAUAAGGAUGAGUUUGGUGUUGAGAUCUAGAGAGGGGUGAUGGCUGAAUAUAGAAGCUAAAGGUCCUGGAAGGUUGGAAUAUAAAAGAGUGUGAUGGAUACAUUAUCAUAGUUAUACUUUGGAUAGAUCCCUCUAAUAGUUUACGCUGUGGUUUAGUCAUCAAUCCAUUUAAACAAUAUUGGCAAUGAUUAUAGUUCAUAUAGUGUACUACUCAUAACAUCACUCAUGUUGACUUUGUCCAUACCCCAAACCAACAUUGUCAGUAACCCCCAUUAAAUAGAAGUAAAUGAAGGAAUAGUAAUAGGCAAUGUCAAACCAACAUUGUUAGUAACCCACAUUUGUUAGUGAAGGAAUGGGUUACAGGCGAUGUCAAACCAACACUGUCGGUAACCCACAUUUGUUAGUGAAGGAAUGGGUUACAGGCGAUGUCAAACCAACAUUGUCGGUAACCCACAUUUGUUAGUGAAGGAAUGGGUUACAUGGAUGUCAAACCAACAAUGUUAGUAACCCACAUUUGUUAGUGAAGGAAUGGGUUACAUGGAUGUCAAACCAACACUGUCGGUAACCCACAUUUGUAAGUGAAGGAAUGGGUUACAGGCGAUGUCAAACCAACAUUGUCGGUAACCCACAUUUGUUAGUGAAGGAAUGGGUUACAUGGAUGUCAAACCAACAUUGUCGGUAACCCACAUUUGUUAGUGAAGGAAUGGGUUACAUGGAUGUCAAACCAACACUGUCGGUAACCCAUAUUUGUUAGUGAAGGAAUGGGUUACAUGGAUGUCAAACCAACACUGUCGGUAACCCACAUUUGUUAGUGAAGGAAUGGGUUACAUGGAUGUCAAACCACACUGUCGGUAACCCACAUUUGUUAGUAAAGGAAUGGGUUACAUGGAUGUCAAACCAACACUGUCGGUAACCCACAUUUGUUAGUGAAGGAAUGGGUUACAGGCGAUGUCAAACCAACAUUGUUAGUAACCCACAUUUGUUAGUGAAGGAAUGGGUUACAUGGAUGUCAAACCAACACUUUCGGUAACCCACAAUUGAUAGUAAAGGAAUGGGUUACAGGCGAUGUCAAAUCAACAUUGUUAGUAACCCACAUUUGUUAGUGAAGAAAUGGGUUAGAGGCGAUGUCAAAUCAACAUUGUUAGUAACCCACAUUUGUUAGUGAAGAAAUGGGUUACAGGCGAUGUCAAACCAACAUUGUUAGUAACCCACAUUUGUUAGUGAAGAAAUGGGUUACAGGCGAUGUCAAAUCAACAUUGUUAGUAACCCACAUUUGUUAGUGAAGAAAAGGGUUACAGGCGAUGUCAAACCAACAUUGUCGGUAACCUACAAUUGAUAGUAGUUGGUGAAGGAAUGGGUUACAGGCGAUAUAAAAAACUAUCGGUAUAUCCUGUAAAUUUUGUGUAGUAUUCUGUAAUCGCUGACCGUUGAGGUGAAGUAUUAUGCAUGCUCAGUGUCGAUGGAUAUAUUAUUCAUUAGUUCAAAUCUUGUUGUUAACAUGCACUAUUUGACAUCUUGUGACUCGGCUGACAAUGAAUGUAACAUUGAACAACGUAAUCAUCUCUAAUAUAAUAUGUAUAAAGUUUAUUGUCUCUCCAUGCUCAUUGUACCCUCAUCUGUUAUAGAAAUAAAGGGUUGAAAUAUUCGGCUUCAUCAAAGUCAAGUUUAUGUAGGUAAUCUGAUAUGUAUGACUGAAGAUGUCUGAUCACAGAUUAAGAAAGAUUGGUUCCUAGUAUAAAAUACAACUUGUAUUUUAAAGGGAGACAACUAAUAUAAGUUCAAUCCAAAAUGAAACAUUGAUUAAGCAAUCAGCAUAGGAAAAGCUCUAGCCCUGUUUAAACAAAUCAGAACUGUUUGACUUCGGUCAUUGAGGUAUACAGGAUUGGCAAAGAUGGGUAAAAAAAACAGUGACAACUAAAAAGCACUAUUCAAAAAUGAGAAUAGAAAAGUAUUCACUGUCACUAAACAAAUCACAACUACCAGUAUUUAGUUUUGAAUUUUCAAAGGGUGUAUAUAUAGAGGAUGUAUAUGUACAGCUUUGCAAAGAUAGGUAAUACUGAUUUCAGUAUACAAUAGUACAAAGCCAUCUACAUUAUGAUGACUUUUAAAACGUAUGUUUUACCUGACAUCAGUGAAGCCUGUACAUCAUCAAUCAUGAUCAAUAACAAUACAAAAAUAACAGAAACUUCUGGUUCUGCUGAAUGCAUCGUACAACAUGUUGACAUGUAAGAAGUCUAAAACUAUCAUUCCGGGUCUUACAUUUCAAAUUGUUUUCAUGAUGUUAUUUAAAGAACAUUUAGAGACAUUUUUGAUAUGAGAGAAAUAGCCGUAAUAAUUGAGAUUUUUUCAGUUAAAAUGUAUUGAAAAUCAUCAAAAACCAAUCCAUUACAUGCUAAAGUAUUCAAAAGACGAAAACCACCUACAUUUUUCAGUGUGAAUAUUUUGUUAUGAGAGAAACAAGGCUCGAGGUGAUACCUGUAGGUUAAUAAAUAAAACAAAGGUUACUGGCUAAGUACCCGAUACAAAAAAUGCUUUCCCAGAUACCGACAGUUAACAAGGAUUCCCUGCUUGCUACUGGUAAACAAUUGACAGAGGAUUGUCUCCCCUUACACUGAUGAGGAUAGGAUUUAUCCUCUAUUUGUGGAUGACAAAAUAAAUAUAGAGGAUUUGUCUGUUAUAAUGUCAUGUGAUACAUUACGUUGUAAAGCUGUCAUUUGAUGUACAUCGUAUUUAAAGGGAAAAAUAAAUUAAAAUAAAUUUCAGUUCUUUAA